AGAAUGGAUUUUCUGCGCCACUGUUGCUAUCGAAAGUACCGUGUGAGGUGUGUCUAAUCAUCAGCUUUGUGAUUGUUAUGCCCGCAUUGUUUGCAUGCUUUCGGUAAAAGAUGAGCGCAUAGGGACGGAAUGGGGCAUGUACUCAUGAGGCCGACGCUGAGGUUUUCUACCACACUCAGAGAGAGAGAGAGAGAGAGAGAGAGAGAGAGAGAGAGAGAGAGAGAGAGAGAGAGAGAGAGAGAGAGAGAGGUCCCCCACGGUCGAUUUCCUGCAAGGACGAAAGCUCAACGUUUGCUGUUUUUGACUGUUGUGAUUUUUAUACUUUUUAUCGGGGUGCGUUUGCGGAAAGACUUAUUUUAUGUUUUCGUUUGUGUAGAAACUUUCCUGGGCGUAAGGCGCAGCUAACGUUACAGGGUAUUUAUGAGAAUUCUUCUAAAAUGGUCUUCUGGAUUAAUGGGCAGAAUUGACAUUUUACAUUUACAAUUACAUUUUUGACAAUUUUUUUCAGACGUAUUAUAUAUGACUUUCUAACUAACCCUGCGAUUGCUGUUUUGUUUUGAUUAUUUGUAUCGAUUACAUAUCGAUUGUAUAAUACUGAAUGUUGGAGCUACUAUGCAAUUCAAAGGCUACUUGAGGCUUCGCAUUGGCGAAGCGGUGAAUUUAAAACCGACACAUUUUUCAACUCGGCAUACGUUUCAAAAGAAAAGCCACCUGGAUCCCUACAUAGUUGUGAAAGUAGACAACGUGAAAGUUGGACAGACCGCCACAAAGGUGAAAACCAACAGACCCUUCUUCAACGAAGAGUUCUGUCCAUACAUCUCUAAUGGCAAAGAGCUGGAGCUGGCGGUGUUUCACAGCACCUCAAUUGGAUACGACAACUUUGUAUCCAAUUACAGGAUCCAGUUUGAGGAUUUAUUAGCAUCAUCAAACAGCAGACAGACAUUUGAGGGAUGGGUGAAUCUUGAACCAGAGGGAAGUGUGUAUGUCUUCAUCUCUCUCACCGGCUCAUUUACAGAUGAUAAAGCUGUAGAGAAUGGAAUCAGGAAGCACAGAGACUUCUCCAGAAGGAGGCAGAAAGCUUUAAAGAGAAGAAAGGUUCAUCAAGUCAAUGGCCAUAAAUUUAUGGCAACCUUCCUCCCUCAGCCUACAUUUUGCUGCCAUUGCAAAAACUUCAUCUGGGGUGUGUUUGGAAAGCAAGGUUAUCAGUGUCAGAUGUGCACAUGUGUGGUCCAUAAGAAGUGCCACGAUUUGGUUGUAAGCGAGUGUCCACGUAUGAAGAAAACUUAUGAGCAGGGCCAAACCCAGGGAUUCAGCAUCAACGUGCCGCAUCAGUUCCGGGAGCACAACUACAAAGUUCCCACGUACUGUAACCACUGCGGAUCUCUCCUUUAUGGGAUAGUGAAACAGGGUCUCCACUGCAAAAGUUGCAAGAUGAACGUCCAUAAACGCUGUCAGCAGAAUGUUGCACCAAACUGCGGCGUGAACAGCGCCGAGCUGGCCAGCAAACUGGGAGAGAUUGGUUUACAAGCAAGCAGAUUCUCCGUGCGACAGUCUCAAAUGCACAUAACAGAAGUCACUCCAAAAAGCUCUGUUAAAUCGACAAAAGGGGAGCAGGAGGAGGAAACUGUUGCUGUGGGUUUGGAGGACUUCAGUUUCUUGCAGGUGCUGGGAAAAGGCAGUUUUGGAAAGGUGAUGCUGGCCCGUUUGAGAAGUGACCACAGGGUCUUUGCGGUGAAAAUGCUGAAGAAGGACGUCAUAUUGCAAGAGGAUGAUGUCGAAUCAACCAUGAUUGAGAAGAGAGUGCUGACUUUGGCCCACCAGCACCCCUUCCUCACACAACUCUACUACUGCUUUCAGAACGCCGAGCGGUUGUUCUUUGUCAUGGAGUUUGUGAAUGGUGGUGACCUCAUGUUCCACAUCCAGAAGUCCAGGCGUUUUGAAGAGCCACGAGCGCAGUUUUACGCCGCUGAGAUCACUUUGGCCCUUAGGUUCCUUCACUCCAAAGGCAUCAUUUACAGGGACCUGAAGCUGGAUAAUGUGCUCCUGGACCGAGAGGGCCACUGCAAACUGGCAGAUUUUGGCAUGUGCAAAAUGGACAUUUUAGAAGGAAGACUAACUAGCACAUUCUGUGGAACUCCAGAUUACAUAGCACCUGAGAUCAUCCUGGAGGAAUCGUACGGUGUUUCAGUGGACUGGUGGGCUUUUGGCGUGUUGCUGUACGAGAUGCUGUCAGGUCAUGCUCCUUUUGAAGCAGAGACUGAGGACGAGCUCUUCGAGUGUAUCCUCAGAGAUGAGGUCAUUUAUUCAUCGUGGCUCAGCAAUGAGGCAGAGGACAUUCUUAGAGGGUUACUCACCAGAGAGCCACCCUGCCGGUUGGGUUGCAUGCCCAGAGAUGGAGGAGAAGAGGCCAUCGCUGCACAUCCGUUCUUUGCGGGACUCGACUGGGAGAAGCUGAGCAGACGAGAGAUCGAACCUCCUUUCACUCCUCGAAUAGAAUCUACUGAGGAUGUCAACAAUUUCGACUCUGAUUUUACCCAAGAGGAACCCUCUCUUACGCCCAUAGAAGACGGAAUUUUCCCUUUCAACCAGGACGACUUUAAAGACUUCACUUACACGGCACCAGAACUGCGAUCUGCCAACAAUAAGCCAGCAAUGCCUUAUUUAUUAGAAAUACAUGGAUGAUCUUUUUCACUAAUAAAUUCCCUUUAGUCAACUUGUUUAAAAAAUUUGGCUCAUCUUUAAAUACAUCUAAAUCACUGCUUUCCAAACACAUGUACAGUAUGUAUACCAGACGCUGACUUCAGAAUUAAAGGUCAAAUCUGUCAAGAAAUGUUUGAAAACAUUGCAACUCAUUACUUCACUAGGACCAUCCCGACCAAAUAAAUUAUUUGUAUCAUGUAUUCCAAAAAGAACCAAUGCUUUUUGAAGUGUGCUUCGUAAUUCAUGUACGUGAAGCUUCACUUGUUUAAUAUGUUUGUAUAGUACACAAGUGGAGCUGUGCAGUGUUCGUUUGGUAUUUGUUACUAGGAUGAUAAUAUUUGUAUUCAUGCAGUUGCCAAAUGCUUUGUUUUGCAGCUUUGUUGUGAGCAUGGGAACAGAUUCACCUUGCACCUUAAUUCAUUGUAACAACUUUGUUAAGUUAUGAGUUGUACUGCAAACAAAAAAAGAUCUAUUUUAUGAACUGUGAAGAGACGUUUGAUUUUCCCAUCUUGUAUAGCACUGUCAGUUUGUUGGGACAAAGAUUGAUGUUUAUGUAAACCUCAUGUGACAGUGUGGACAUAUCAUAUGUCCGGUACAUCGAAUAAUUAAUUGACGGAGCUUAACCUGUGGCAUGUGACAGAAGCGUGAAAUUUUAAUGAGAAAACCUAGCAUAUCCUUUACACCUCAAAGGAACAGCAGAAUUGUGAUCAUGUCACAUUUCUCUGUGGACAUGCAAAUCCUCCUAUCAAUCAUUCACUAUCAUCUAUUCAUUUACUGUUUUCACGAACUCAUCCUGUAUUUAAAGGCCUAAUGCACUGGAUGAUGUGUAAUGUGUGUCGGUGCUGCAGUGUUGAUGGGGUCCAUGUUUAGAGACUGUGAAGAGUAAACCACUAUCAUUUAAAUAUGAUUCAGUCAUUGUCAGCCCGCUUUCAUAUCAGCAAGUUACUAACUUUGAUAAAAUACUUUUAAAACAGUGUUGAUAAGAGACUUUCAUGUGUGCAUUCUUUUAUAUUUCAUUGUCUUUAGGGUUAAUCUGGGUAAACCUGGAGUGCCCCAGGGUUCAAUUUUGGGCCCUAUACUUUUUAGCAUGUACAUUUUUCCUUUGUGGAAACUUCUGAGAUCACUUGCAAUUAACUUUCAUUUUUAUGCCGAUGACACCCAGAUAUACAUACAUUCAAAAUGUUAAUGGUGUUAACACAACGGUUUCUUUCUCAAUGUAUCUCUGAGAUUAAAAAAUGGAUGUCUGAUCAUUUUCUCUGUUUGAACAGUGACAAGACUGAAGUGAUGCUCAUUGGUUCACCUCACCAGUUACGUAAAGCUGAGCCUUUAGCCUUAAAUGUGGAUGGCUCUGUUUUACAGUUUCAAACUAAAUUAAAAAAAUUGGGAGUGACAUUUGAUGCUAACUUAACAUUUGAUCUACAUGUUCAGAAUAGAGUUAAAGUAUCUUUUUUUCAUCUCAGAAAUAUUGCCAGAUUACGUCCCAUGCUGUCAUUUUCUGUAGCUGAAAAGUUAACACAUUUGUUUUCUCUCGGAUUGAUUAUUGCAAUGCAUUGUUGGCUGGAGCAUCAAAAGCUGUAUUGUAUUGUUUAUUAACUGACGCUGUGAUGGAAUUACCCAAUAGCGAUUUUUCUUGCUCUAUUUCCCCAAACCAGUUGUAACUGGAAAUCCAUUGUGGAAAGAAUGUUGCUGUCUCACAUUUUAAUACCAUGACUUCUAGACAAAGGCAUUGAUAAAAAUCUAAAUAAUGG